AUGACAACUGUAUCUAUCGGCCAGGCUGAGGAUGGAAGCCACCCAGCCUGGCCACAGGAUGAAGUUACGAGUUCUUUAGUUGGACGAGUGGGGUUUUCGCCAAUCUAUUCUGGGGCCGAUUUAUCUUCUUUUUCAUUUGAGGGCUAUUGCGAUCCAGUCGUGAUAGGGGGUAGACAAGGAGAAAUCCUGGCUCCUUCCUCUACGAUAGUGACCGAUACUGUGAUCGGGGACAGCAGAGAACCUUCUUGGCCGGAGCAAUACCUAGACCUCAUCGCACAGAACAACCUACUGUGGCUGGAAGACUUCGCUGAAAACCAGUCACAUUCUGCUAAUAUCGUGGAAGCCUCGACUCUGACCACAAGACGUGGCUUGGAUGGAUGCCUGAGUGAUAAAGGUUACGAGAGUACCACCGCAGCUGUGGUUGUUGGACGGGCUGAUUCAGGAACAUAUGUUUCGAGGUUUCAGGAAGUUCCAAUGCCUUCUUAUGAUUAUGAGAUUUCACCAGAGGAUGGGUUAUAUCACUGCCAAGAUCGUGCAUGCGUGGCCCAGACUGGCUUUUCAAGAAAAUGUGAUUUGCAAAAGCAUAUGCGCAGUCACAUCAAGCCAGUUAAAUGCCCCAUAUGUACGGUAACCAAGGCUCAGCAGGUUCAUAUGCGCCGACAUAUUGAGGUGCAUCACGGUGGAUGGGCUCGGCAAUGGUGGCAAGUGGGAGUUGUGUGUGAAAUAUGUGGUAAAUCAUUCACAAGGAAAGACAAUCUUCGGAGACACCACCGAAGUCAGCAUGAAGAUAUUAGUAGCCUUUCUGUAUCUGAUUAAGGAAUUUCGUCUGUGGGGCCUAUGCUCUUUCGAGUCUAUGAAGGUUCUUGAAUGGUAUUUUAGAUCCCCUCCAAGCUAACGUCUGGUGACAAGCAG